AACAAAGAAGAACAGAAGAAGACCCAAAAUCUGGUGUGGCUUCUUCUUCCUUCUCUUACUUCUUUUUCUCUUUGAAAAAUCAAAGCUUUCUCUCUCCCAGCAACCACCACCACCAUGCCCAGCCACCACCACAUCCACGCCCCACUCCGGCAAACCCCAUCUUCAUCCUCGUUCCUCUCCUCCUCGUCUCACUCCUUCACUUCCAAGCUUCUCCUUCUUCUCACCCUCCUCCCUCUCACUCUCGCUGCCUUGGCCUUCGUCCUCCAAUGGCGUGGUGGGGUCACCGAUCCCACCACCCGUUGGGCCCCACCUGGCUCUGAGAAGCUGUUUCCCGGCAUGGAAGCCUCUCCCAUCUCCGCUGUCUCCCACUCAGCUCACUCCGAUUGCCUCAAGCUUGGCCGUAGUUCCUCACCCUCUUUUCCGUACAGCCACGAUUGGAAGUUUGAUUAUGGAUCCAAUCUGAAACCUAAGAUAUGUAUUACAACAAGUACUUCAGCUGGCUUAGAGCAGAUUCUACCAUGGAUGUUCUACCACAAGGUUCUUGGGGUUACUACAUUUUUUCUUUUUGUGGAAGGAAAGGCUGCAACUCCUGCAGUAUCGAACGUUUUGAAGUCCAUUCCUGGAGUAAAAGUGAUAUACAGAACAAAAGAGCUAGAGGAGAAACAGGCUAAAAGCCGGAUAUGGAAUGAGACAUGGCUGUCGAGUUUCUUUUACAAGCCUUGCAAUUAUGAACUAUUCGUGAAGCAAUCUCUCAACAUGGAGAUGGCUAUUGUCAUGGCAAGGGAUGCUGGUAUGGAUUGGAUACUUCAUCUUGACACUGAUGAGUUAAUACACCCAGCUGGUGGUCGGGAGUAUUCAUUGAGACAAUUGCUGCUUGAUGUGCCCAAAAAUGUAGAUAUGGUUAUAUUUCCCAACUAUGAAAGCAGUGUUGAACGGGAUGAUAUUAAGGAACCUUUCACUGAGGUAUCAAUGUUUAAGAGGAAUUAUGACCAUCUCCCGAAAGAUACAUACUUUGGAAUGUACAAAGAAUCAACUCGUGGUAAUCCUAACUACUUCUUGACUUACGGAAAUGGGAAAUCAGUUGCUCGAGUUCAAGAUCAUCUUCGUCCUAAUGGUGCACACAGAUGGCAUAAUUAUAUGAAAACUCCCAAUGAGAUCAAAUUAGAAGAGGCUGCUGUUCUGCACUAUACUUAUGCCAAGUUUUCAGACUUGACCUCUAGACGUGAUCGAUGUGGCUGCAAGCCAACACGGGAGGAUGUGAAAAGAUGCUUUAUGCUUGAAUUUGACAGAACUGCAUUUAUAAUUGCGUCAACUGCAACCGAGGAAGAAAUGAUGAACUGGUACCAUGAACAUAUUGUAUGGGAUGACAAAGAUCUAAAAAUGAAACUGUUGAGAAAAGGCAUCUUGACUCGCAUAUAUGCUCCCAUGGUCAUAAUACAAGGUCUACGAGAAUCUGGUGUCUUCAGCUCCGUCAUAGCAUCAUCGGCUUCAUCAACUAUCUCAAAGGAGAAGUUUUUAUCUACCAUUGAUCGUAGCAGCAACUCAUCCAGAGCUGUUGCCUCUGAAUCUCUUCCCUCAAGGAAGAUAGGUAAAAUCAGAAAGAAUCAGGCCACUGUGAGGAAGGUCUUAACGAUCGAAAGUGCUGCUGCUGCUGCUUCAUAUCAAGAAGCAGCUAUUCCUCCAUUGUCUCCCCCUGCAAGUGAUGGUGACCAUUUCUCCAUGGAAGAAGCUUAAAAGAGCUGUUCUUAGCGCAACGGUUGCUUCUUCCUAUUCUUCUUCUUCCUCCAAUCCGAUCCUGUUUUUCUCGAUGGGAAGAGCUAGGAGAGUAAAGAAAUGGCAAGUAGACUUGUUGUGGGGCUGCAUUUGCAGUUGGUUCUUCCCGAUCAGUAUCCAAGCGGUGGUGUAGAAACUAAGAAUUUAGGGAGAGAGAUUAUUUUGUCAAGCUUUGACUUGAGAGCCAUAACUAGAAGUUAUGGUGAUUUUUUCUUCUUCUUGUGUAUAGAAAACCACAGUGUUGUCGAGUGAGGAGAUGUUAUUUUCUAUGUUACUUUUGGUAUUUUGUAAAAAAAUUGGAAUUUUAUUUCUAUGUAAAAUUCUAAUUUAAAACAUAAA